CUUUACUUUAUGUUCGGGUUCCGCGAGUAUUCUCUUCGACGUUGCGGCGUGAAACGAAAUAUCUGCGCUGCCAUUUUGAAAACACAAUGGACUGACGGUAGAUCCCCAACAUGCGUAAAUUAUUGCUGUUGGCACUCCUUCUGUAUGAUAUCGUUGGUUCUGCAUCAAGAAUGGGUUAUGACUAUGACGAAAUGGAUGUCAUAAAAAGACACGGCGACAGAUCCUGGCGCAGAAAGGGGAUGGUGAAAUCGAUGGAGCACGUAUGGGACGACAGGAAACGACACGAUUAUGAACCAAUGAAUAUAAAUCCUCAAAGAUACUAUGAGGAAAUGGAGCCCAAAGGGUAUCCUGCUAUGGAAAGACAAAGGCCGGAACCUGACUACAACAAGCGGCACUACGAUGAUAUUGAUAAGCUUCAGAAAGCACUGACAGCGCCGAAAAGUAUUGAAAUUGAUCACCCGACAAAUUUAGGGCCCAAUAUGCCAUCGAAUUUGCCACCAAAUAUGAACCCCAAUAUGAAUAUGGAAGGUCUGCCUGAGAAAAAAAUUUCGACUGUAAUGAAUUGUGAUAGACCACAUGAAAGAUACGAGGCGUGCUUUGCGGGAUGCGCAGCUGUAACCUGUGACAACCCAAGAGACCGGUUGCGCCCCUGCUACCCAUUCUGUGAACCAGGUUGCGUCUGUGUCCAUCCCUACGUACGCGAUGACCGCACUCACAAAUGUGUCCUCAUUGACGAUUGCACCAAAGGCCUCAAAGGAAUCCCAGACCUUGGAGACGAAUCAUAGCCCAACAUUUGCAAUUCAUUUUACGAUUAUUAUUUAAGUCAA